CCUACCACCUGAACCGCAUUCACUCUUUGAGACGACAGAUUCGACUGACAAACCGACGAUCGAAAGAAACUAACGACAGAUUGAAAGAGUGGUGGGAUUUGAGGCAACUAUUUGCUCAGGCGGACACGUGUAUUCAAAAACAGAGUUGGCCAUUGCCAAAUUCACGGUGUUAACAUUUUUUGCCUAAAAAGGGUUCCACCGUGUUGUUUUAAAAACCAACACAAAAGGUAGCAAACAGGGUGUGAAAAUUCUGGGUGGGUUUUCGAUGGUUGCAAGUUUCGUAGUGGUUUUGAUGUUUAAUUGAAACAAUUGAUUCAAGAGAUGGUUUAACUAAUCAUAACUUUUUCAAUCUCCAAAGAUUGCAACAACCAGUUUUGGUUGUGGUCAUGAAUGGGUUUUCUGGGGAGGUGAAAGCAGUCUUGCCUGAAACGGCAGGUGGCCAUGGACGAGGCGGUUCCGGUGGAUCCGGCCGCAAAAGCCGAAGAGCCGGAGGUAGUGCAGUCCGCAGGAGGCGAAGAAAAGAAAGGUGAAGAACCAUCGACCAGCUUCAAUGUGGACGCACCAGCCUUCCAACCCAGAGCAGACCCGGGCACGGAGGAUAUCAUGCAGAAGUUGCAACCGCGCCACAAGCAGAUGCUUCGUGGCUUUUACCAGGCCUACACCGGUGAGUAUGCGAGCUACUAUGUGGGCCAGCUGAAGACCUUCAAUGUGAAGAAUGGCUAUGGGUUCAUCGAGUGCAAGCAAGCAAAAGCAGACUGGGGAGUGGACGUAUUUGUUCACAAGAACAACGUUCCAACACCGUGGACGCUUGGGCAGCCCGUGGAGUUCGCAGUGCAAAUGAACCAGAGGGGGCAACCUCAGGCCUAUGACUGCAACUGGCUGCCCAGACUUCCACAGACCAGCAUUGUGACUCCAGGUACUGUGCCUGUUGUGGCAGGGAAGGGCCCCUAUUCCGGUUCAACCCCCGCCCAGGCAGCGGACAGCAAGGACAAGGAGAAAGAGAAGGAGAAGGAGGAGAUCGAAGAGAGCUUGUCGAAUGAGCCACGGCGUUUGGGGACCCUGAAAAGCUACUCCUCUCAGCAUGGCUAUGGCUUCAUUGCCUGUACAGAGACGCACCAGGCUUACAAGAGAGAUGUCUAUUUGGACAAGAGCCAAGUGGGCGCAACUUGGCAAUGGAAUCAGCUGCUGGAGUUCUCCGUGUCCUUCAAUGACCGUGGACAGCCACAGGCCAGACAGGUGAAUUGGGAGCCAGUGCCGCUCACUGGCGUGCAGCAAGCUCCCACCGCCAAGAGGACCUUUGCGGCCAAGACCAUCGAUCAGCUGAAGCGACUCCUCAAGCUUUUGCACGAGAAGAACAACGAGACGGCUGUUGUUACAGCCAUCGACUUGCAGGGAGGCUCUGGUGCUACAGAGACGAAUCAGGAUGACCCAGAUGUCGACUAUGUUUUUUUUGUGCUGGAUCGACUAGGCAACAAGGAAGAUGCUCUGAAAAGCAUCAAGGACUUCGUGAAAAUGCUCUUUGUGCUGAUGCUCUCUCGCAUGUUGAAGAUUCCAAGAAACGCACCGCGAACUACGCGACUGAUUGAGUGGUUCGAGGCCGUGGCACUCACCAUCCAGAUCAGUAGUGAAUCGGUGCAAAGCCACAUCCAGGAUGUGCUGCGACAGAUCAAUCAGCACAUCAUCCAUGCGGCGCAGGAGAAUUCCGAUUUGGCUGACAAGGCCACAUCUGAGAAGCUUCACGCUGCCCUCCAGCAGCUGAAGGAAAAGGCCAAAGUGAUUUAGCACAGCUGCGGUAGGCUUUGCACUUUGCCAAGAGAGGCCUACCGCUGCGUCGUUUUGCGACAGGCCCGGGCGUGCCCCGACGGCCGUUCUUGUGGAGGUUUUUGCUGUGUGCGAACGGCUGUUAGGCUCAGUUGGCCUUUCAAUAGCAAAAGCAGGUGACGAACCGUUCCCUGGAAGCAAGCUACCUCACACAUGUGUCCAGAGUCUAGACAUGAACAAGGCGAUUGGCAGGCA